AUGCAGUCUAUUAUUUACAUUGGUCACCUCUGGGGAACACCUGAUGCAGUCUAUUAUUUACAUUAUUUCUCGGGAACAUUGAUGCAGUCUAUUAUUUACAUUGGUCACCUCUCGGGAACACCGAUGCAGUCGGUCACCUCUCGGGAACACCGGAUGCAGUCUAUUAUUUACAUUGGUCACCUGAACACCGGAUGCAGUCUAUUAUUUACAUUGGAACACCUGAUGCAGUCUAUUAUUUACAUUGGUCACCUCUCGGGAACACCUGAUGCAGUCUAUUAUUUACAUUGUUCACACCGGAUGCAAUCUAUUAUUGAACACCGGAUGCAGUCUAUUAUUUACAUUGGUCACCCUCGGGAACACCUGAUGCAGUCUAUUAUUUACAUUGGUCACCUCUCAGGAACACCUGAUGCAGUCUAUUAUUUACAUUGGUCACCUCUCAGGAACACCCGAUGCAGUCUAUUAUUUACACACCCGGAUGCAGUCUAUUAUUUACAUUGUUCACCUUCGUCGGAUGCAGUCUAUUAUUUACAUUGGUCACCUCUCAGGAACACCUGA